AUGGCUUUAGCUAGUGUACUUGGUUUUAAAUCAAAUGAUGUAUUUAAUCGAUCGCUUCAAUGUGAAAAAACAGAUACGAAUAUUGAUGAAUUUUGUCCGAAAUUAAAUAUAGAAAAUAUUGCACAAUUUAUAACGUUGCCACCUUAUGCUGAUCCUGCAAAAUAUUUAAAAAUGGUUAAUGAAAGUGUUGAUAGAGUUAAAAUACAAUUUCUUAAAGGUACAACAACAUUAGCAUUUAAAUUUCGUAACGGUGUUAUAGUUGCUGUGGACAGUCGUGCAACAGCUGGCGGUUUUAUUGCUUCGGGAGAAGUAAAAAAAGUUAUUGAAAUUAAUCCAUAUUUAUUGGGUACAAUGGCUGGUGGUGCUGCUGAUUGUGCUUUUUGGGAACGAGUACUUGCUCGACAUUGUCGUAUUUAUGAAUUACGAAAUAAAGAAAAGAUUUCAGUAGCAGCUGCAUCAAAAAUUUUAGUAAAUAUGAUCUUUGAAUAUCGUAAUAUGGGUUUAUCAAUGGGUACAAUGAUUGUUGGUUGGGAUAAACGAGGUCCUGGAUUAUAUAUGGUAUCAGAUGAUGGUGAACGCAUCACUGAUAAUAUGUUCUCAGUUGGUAGUGGUUCAAUCUAUGCAUAUAGUAUUCUUGAUGCUGGUUAUAAGUAUGAUAUGAGUACUAAUGAUGCAAUUGAUCUUGCUCGUCGAGCUAUUGUCCAUGCUGCUCAUCGUGAUAGUGCUUCAGGAAACAUUGUUCGAAUUUAUCAUAUGAAAGAAACUGGUUGGGAAAAAAUUGAAGAAAAAGAUACUAAUGAUUAUAUGUAUCAAUAUCGUGAAGAAAAAACAAUGAACUUUUAA